AUGCGUCUUCUUAACGCCAAAACCCAUCAGCUGGAAGAAUUCCCGGACGAUCGCAUUCCUCCAUACGCCAUUCUUUCCCAUAGAUGGCAGACCGAAGAAGUGAUUUUUCAGGAGCUUGAAGCAUCUCCAGCAUUUACCGGACCCCGGUUUAGGAAAUUAUUCGACACUUGCGCCCAGGCACUUAAGAAUGGGGUGGACUAUGUGUGGGUAGAUACCUGCUGCAUUGACAAGUCCAGCAGCGCAGAGCUAUCUGAGUCCAUCAACUCCAUGUACGAAUGGUACCGAUGUGCAGAGGCCUGCUAUGUUUACCUCAAUGACGUGAUGGAAUCCUCAGUCACGGAAGGCUCAAGUUUCCAUUCUAGCGUCUGGUUUACGAGGGGCUGGACGCUACAAGAACUUAUCGCUCCGGCCAACGUGCAAUUUUUCAACGCCGAAUGGCAGACUCUGGGUUCGAAAGUGGAUUUAAAGGAUGAAAUAUCUUCAAUUACGCGGAUUCCAGUGCCAGUUCUUACCGGCGUGCUGGCUCCCCAGGAUCUCAGCAUUGCACAACGGAUGUCGUGGGCAUCUCACAGAACCACGACCAAAGUGGAGGAUAUCGCAUACAGCCUUUUGAAAUUAUUUGAUAUCAACAUGCCCAUUCUUUACGGCGAAAAAGAAAAAGCUUUCAUCCGGCUGCAGGAGGAGAUAAUGAAACAGUCAGACGAUCAGACGCUGUUUGCCUGGAAGAUCUCAGACGGUCAAACAUACCAUGGAUUGUUCGCAAAAUCGCCGGCAGACUUUGCAAAGAGCGCGGACAUAGUUCCACUGCCAUCGUCUUGGAACCGCUCUCCAUAUUCUGUUACAAAUAAGGGCCUUUCGAUAGAAGUGCCGAUGUUACCAUGGGCAAUGGAAACAUAUUUCGUUGCUCUGGAUAUCCAACGAGCAAGUAAAAUGAAACGCCUAGGCAUAUUCGUGACCUUCCUCCAGGAAGAGAAUCAAUAUGCGAGAGUAACGGUUGACGGCGAGGGCCUGACCGAAUUCGACACAAAACUCGCUUCGAAAUGUGAAUACCGGCGGAUCUAUGUGAGGCAGGCGAUUUCGGGAAAGCAGAGGCCGCGAGAGAAUGUAUAUGGAUUUUGGCUCCGCCAUUUCCCAGCGCGUGAUACCAGAGCAGGAGCUGAAUUUGAUAUCAUGUCCUGGAACGAGUGGGUUGACCAUGAACGGCUCGUUUUGAUCCCUACGGGACAGCGCGGGACAGCUGCAAUUAUCCGGUACAAGAUGAAGUCUGGCCGUACGGAGAACAUAAAACUGGGCUUUGAUUCCAUGUUCAACCCCGUGGUUCAGUUUGGAGGCCACCGAUAUGCACGCAACACUUUUGGGACUCCGACUAUGGAAGAUUUCGAUGUCAUGAUGGGUACAGACUGGAUGGAUCCGAAACUUGAAGGGGUCCACAAGGGAAAUAGACUUUCCGGCCUUAAUGCGGAAGAUCCGUGGAUCAGAAUACUUGUCCUAGCAGACACUGUCGACGAAAAGCGAAUAUGGGUCGUCCACAUUGAAUUUGCAGAAGAAGCAGCAUGGCACAAAGACACCAUUUGUGACGGCUGUAAUCUGAAUAUCUUUGGCACUCGCUAUUCAUGCCGCGUCUGCCCCGACUUUGACUACUGCACGGCUUGCAAAGAAGCUGAUUCGAACCACAGCGGCCACGGUUUCAAUGCCGUCAAACUUGUUCGGCACUACGGUGUCAAAUGUGAUCAGUGCUCGGAUACUGUUUACGAUCAAGCAGAUAGCUCAACAUCAGCUCUAGAGGGGAUUCGCCGUUCUGCGCUGGGAUUGUCGGACAGAGAUACCAUGCUGGGCCUGACAGCGUAUGGAAGCAGCAGCGAAGAUGAGGACGAAAGCAGUCCUCCAUUAAAAGCUCAGAAGACAACGCAACCAGCGGAAUCUUGCACAGAGAUACCAGCUCAGCCUGCCGGAAACGCUGGCUCUCAAGAACCCAUACCAGCAGCCACUGCCAGAGUUGAAAAAGCCGACGGAUCUCUGAUUGGACCUUUUCGACCCCCUCGAUCCCCUUCUCCUGCAAACGAUAAUAACAUUGGUCCUCAACUACCAUCUCAGAAACCCUCCUCAUUUUCCACAAAUCACUCCUUACUCCGCGACAUGACUCUCCCCGCGAUCCCCAACCUCGAUAUCCCACCCUCACCACCCGGCUCCCCAGGCCCAGUUGCGAACCAGAAAUUUGCCCACUUCCUCUCUCUAAAGAGACAGGGCGUCCACUUCAAUGAGAAACUCGCCAGUUCCUCCUCCCUGCGAAACCCUAGCCUACUCACUAAACUGAUGGACCACGCUGGCAUCGAUGCACAGCUGCAAUACGCCACCUCCCUGCCGAAAGACCUAUGGGACCCUGUCACGACGCUUCCUCCAUGGGGGUAUAAGGAGGAGUUGCUCAAAAGCCAACAAGAGAUACGGCGGAAGAUUGAAGAGAAGAAAGGAUCGGGUCCCCGGGAGGCUAUAGAAUUUGUCUCUGGAGGCGGCGGUGGCGGGGCGUCGGGAGACUCGAGCCGGACGGGGACACCAUCCAACGCGAAGGCGAGGCCUAGCGCUGCCGAAAGAGUUAUGGCGGGCCUGAGUAGGGAAAGGACAAGCUCGCCGAUGAAUACUGACCGGGAUCGGGGGAAACGGACGGUGGAUUUGGAGCGGCGACCAAGGAAGAAGCGAUCGCGGUCUAGAUGA